GCUUACACACACAAACUCACCACGUGCCUGUCUGUCAGUCUGUCCGUCUGUUUGUGGACGCCACCAUCCAAACACCACUGCUGGAGCUCUCACCUGAAAUUAUGAAUGUAUCUAUCUGUGCUGUGUGUCAGUCAUACCAUGGAUGCAGCAGAGUUUCGGCGCAGAGGGAGGGAGAUGGUGGACUAUAUAGCAGACUAUCUGGAGAACAUAGAACAGCGACCAGUCUACCCAGAUGUGGAACCAGGAUAUCUUCGUACCCUGAUCCCCACUGAGGCCCCGACUGAACCUGAGAGUUAUGAGGAUAUUAUAAAAGAUGUGGAGAGAGUCAUAAUGCCCGGGGUCACCCAUUGGCACAGCCCGUACUUCUUUGCCUACUAUGCUGCUGCUUCCUCGUACCCUGCCAUGUUAGCUGACAUGCUGUGUACAGCUAUUGGGUGCAUUGGAUUCUCCUGGGCUGCAAGCCCAGCCUGCACAGAGCUGGAGACCGUGAUGUUGGAUUGGCUGGGGAAGAUGCUGAAUCUGCCUGAUCAUUUUAUAGCUGGGACUCAUGGCCAUGGAGGAGGUGUCAUCCAGGGCACAGCUAGUGAGGCCACCCUGAUGUCGUUGCUCGCUGCUCGCUGUAAAGCCGUCCGACAUGUCCAGGCCUCAAAGCCGGAAAAAUCGGAGGGUACCAUCAUCUCGGAACUGGUGGCAUACACCUCUGAACAAGCGCAUUCUUCAGUGGAGCGUGCAGCUCUUAUUGGAGGAGUGGUGAUGAGGAAGGUUCCUACAGACAACAACUACACUGUUGUAGGAGACGCGCUUAAGAAGAUGGUGGAGGAGGACAAAGCUGCUGGACUUAUCCCUUUCUAUUUCUGUGCGACUCUUGGCACCACACCAUCAUGUGCUUUCGAUCGCAUCACUGAGCUGGGGCCUCUGUGUAAUAAAGAAAACAUGUGGAUGCACAUCGAUGCCGCGUAUGCUGGGAGUGCUUUUAUCUGCCCUGAGUUCAGACCUUUGCUGAAUGGUGUUGAGUUUGCAGAUUCUUUCAACUUCAACCCACACAAAUGGCUUCUUGUCAACUUUGACUGCUCUGCAUUGUGGGUGAAGAAAAGGGCAGACAUCAUCGGAGCCUUCAAGAUGGAGCCACUCUACCUGAAACAUGAAAACCAGGAGUCAGGGCUGGUCACAGAUUAUAGGCAUUGGCAGAUUCCACUCGGAAGACGAUUUCGCUCGCUGAAGAUGUGGUUUGUCUUCCGUAUGUACGGGCUGUCAGGCAUACAGGCCCACAUACGCAAGCAAGUGGCCCUGGCCAAGGAGUUUGAGAGUCUGGUACGAGCAGACCAAAGAUUUGAGAUCUGUGCUGAGGUCAUCAUGGGACUGGUCUGCUUCAGACUUAAGGGCUCCAAUGAGCGGAACCAGAACUUGCUGAAAAGGAUCAAUACAAACAGAGAGAUCCAUCUAGUGCCUUGCCAGCUCUCUGGCAGCUUUGUGCUGCGCUUUGCCAUCUGCUCUCGCGCUACCGAAUCACGUCACAUCCAGCAAGCAUGGCGGCACAUCACACAGAUGACCUUUGAGCUUUUACAGGAGCCUAGUCAUUGACGAAACCGCUUGUAGUCCACUCUGGUGCGACCAGUCAGGACUAAGAUUUAUUUUGCAGAUGUUAAAUGUCUUAAAGGGAAAGAACAACUAUUUUACAGCUCACUCAGCAGAUGUUUUGUUGUUUGCAGACGAGUAAUCCAGGCUUAUCAAUCUUUUGAUUUUGCAAACUGAUGUUGGUCAAAAUAAUCUACAACAAUCCAUAAUAAGUAUAAAUAUGAAAUUUGCUUGCUACAAAAUGUUUCCCCACAGUGAGACGUGUAUGUCAUGUCCUCCUUACACCUAUCCCCUGUUUGUCUUUGCUGCUUCUGUGUCUUCUUAGUUUUAAUUUGGCUCAGGGUCUGCUAAUAGAUUUAUGCUAAUUGUUUUUAUUGUAUUUAUUGCUGCAAUGAAUGUAAUUCACAUUGUGUGUGUAAAAAUCUUUGAGCCAAUGGUGGCUUCUUUUUUGUGGAUAUGUUUAGUGAAAUGAAUGACAAAGAUAAACUCUAACGUCUCUUAUCUGGAUAUAAUGUUUAAUGUAAGAGUGGCUUCAUAAAAUGAGAUAAAUAAAAUGCUCUCUAAUCAGGCUGAAUCCCUUGUCUACAGGCAUUAGCCUCAAUCAUUUGUGACCUCAUAAACACAAGUACUUGUAUGUUAAAUACAAUUGCAAAGCAAGGCAAUUAAUUUGUCUUUUGUCUUGUUUUUUACAGAAUGCUCAUUGAUUCAUCUAGUGUCUUAUAUGAUAGAAGAGUAGUAUUUAAAAAUGACAGUGGCACAAGAGAAUCACGUUCUCAGCCUAUAAAUCCUACUUUUUGGGUAACCAUUGAACCACUUGGGUAAAAAUCAGAGCUAUUUAUUAUUUAGUUCUAAUGAAAAGAUAUGAGGAAACUGAGGAUUUAUUUAUGCUGUAGUUGAUCCCAUAAACUAUUAAAUGUGUACACCCAGACAGAAAAAAAUGAACAAUCAGUCGACUUAAAAAAAAGGGUUGGAAAUCAAGAUGAAAAAUUAAUUUGGUGUCCAAUAGCUCAGUAUAAUUUGUGUGUUAUGGUAGUCUGAUAUCUGUAUAAAUCUCUUAUCUUGUAAGGUUAACUUCAAACCACAAUGUUUAACAGAUUCCAAUGACGAUCAAAUAUAAUUAAAACAACAUUUCUGUAGUAUCCUGCAUUUUAUCCAUAUCCAUGGAAAUAUAUAAAGUCACUUUGUGGGUCUGUGAUUGUUUUUAUUUGUUUGCCAGGAGAUAUUAAUUCAUUGUGUGAAAUCACUGAACCUUAUUGUAAAUUCAUCUGAUUGGGUCAAAGUCCACUCCGGGAUCAAGAUGUUUAAGUUGGCUGUGUGCUGCAUUGGAUUGGUUUAUUUAAUUAAAGUGGAACAUAGUACG